UUUCAGGGUAAUUCAGUUACUUGUAAAAAGAAGGUGAUUGUUAAACCAUCUUCUAAGGUGGGAAGCUGGAAACUUGGUGGUAAUCAAGAGACCAUUAAUGUUAGGGUGGGAUCGUCUCUUCCACCUUUAUCUAUCUAUUGUUUAGAUGAGUAUGAGAAUCAGAUACCAUUCACUUCUGUUCCAAGUCUGGAAGUUAGACUGAAAGCCAGCCCAGAAUUUGAAGUCCCGGUUUACAUGAUUGAGGCUAACCUGACAGAUAGUGGAAUUCUCAAACUCAAGAAUAUGGUCGUUGAGACUGAUGCGUUAGAUGACAUCAGACCAGAUUAUGAAGCAACCUUAGAAAUAUGCUCAAAGGAUGAACCAUUUUCCGUCUCUGUUGCUUGUAUAGUUAAACCUGGGCCUUUGAAGUGCGUUGUCGAGAAAGAUGCACAGGCUUUAGAAAACUUGCUUCCGGAUUCUACUGUUGAAAACUUCAUCUUGGAGAUGUUCGAUGAAUAUAAUAACCAUGUUGCAGAAGGUACCAAUGUUCCGAUUUGUACUAGUGGCCUUUUUAUCCAAGACAGGAUGUGCUUAGACUUAAAGGUUGAUAGUGAUGGCUGCAUUGAUCUGUCUGGGAUUCUCAAAGUCACAGCAGGCUAUGGCAAACCCGUGUCACUCUCUAUAAUGUCUGGCAAGGAAGAGAUCUUCAAGAGAGAGUCUCUAGUUGAGAUAAGAGAGCUCAGGCUGUUAACAGAGCUCCCGGAGUACUGUACUGCUGGUACAAAUCUUACAAACCUCAAGUUUAAAGUGACGGAUUCAUAUGGAAUUAUGGAUACUAGUAUCAACAAUGACGAUAAAUCCGAGUGUUUCCACACCUUGAGCAUUGAAUCCGAUUCAUGCAGCGUUGAUAGUACAACCAGAUAUGCCUUUGUUCAUGGCUCCUGCAAAAUCACUUCUCUUUCCUUACCGGAGACUGAGGGUGCCUUCUCUUUCAAGGUUUUCCAUUCUAGGCAUCCAGAGCUUCAUAUGAACUUAAAGAUUCAGCUAACUCCUGCCCAAACAUUUGAAAGAGAUGAGAUUCGUUGUUAUGAACCUAAUCCUAGGAUAUAUCUAACACCUCUAUCAAAGAUGGGUUCAACUACAAAUCCAUUGGUGGUUCCAACUCAACAGACUCCAUCUUCAGAGUUUCUAACUCAACAGACUCCACCUUCACAGUUUAGAGUUUUGUCCAUUAGAGAUAUGUCAUCGGCUAUCAAUAGCCAAACUGACCCAGUGGAUAUGGCACAGUUCAGUGAGUACACUGAGAUACUAAAAGCAAAGCUCAAUAGUUACACUGAAAGGAUAUCUGAAGCAAAUGAGUGUCUAAAAUGUUUGGAGGCUGAACAAGAAGAGGCUGUGCAAGAGUUGAGUGCCUUGCAAGCUUCUCUGGAACCUCACGGUGUGUCGUUCCCAGAGUGCCUAUCCAACAAAGAAUCGAUGAUGAAACACAUAGAAGAGAAUCAUCAUAACACUGCUGCAUCAGUGUUCUGUUCUUUGUACAGAAAUGCACCGGCUUCAAAGUCUAUGCUUCUGUCAAAGGAAGGUGUGUUCGGCAUCGUAGCGCUUCUUGGUUCAGUUGCCUCAACCCCUCUAAGCAGGGUAUUGUCUGAGUAUUUGGGAGAAGACACAAUGCUAGCUUUGGUAUGCAAAUCGUCAAGACUUGGACCGAACAUUGAUCCCAUGCUUCAAGCCGAAGCAGCUAGGCUCGAAAGAUCAAUUACCAGUCGGUUUCAUGUUCUGUGCCUUGGUGCAACUAGUCCCUGGACUGGUGGAAUUGUGGAGAAUGAUCCUCAGAGGAAACUAGCCAUGGAUGAUCCAAAACUACCCGAUGGAGAUCCCAUACCGGGCUUCAUAGGCUAUGCAGUGAACAUGAUCAACCUGGCUGAAGAAGAGUUAAACAUCAAAACAUACGAGGGCCACGGGCUUAGGGAAACGCUGUUCUAUGAUGUGUUUGGGAAGUUACAGGUUUAUGAGACCCAAACACAGGCUAAAGAGGCUCUUGAACACAUCAGUGGUGAUGGUGCAGUAUCGUUAGAUGGAUUUAUAGCAAAAGGAAACAAGUUUAUAUGUUCCCGUAAACCGGAGAUUCAUUUCCCGAUUACAGUAAGGGAAAACGAAGAAGAGAAGUGGAGCAACUUAGAAGAAGCAAGAAACAGAGUGAGAAGGGUUGAAAAGAAGAUAGUGAAGGCGAGGUGUUUGUUGAGUAAGUUGGAGAAGAAAAUGAACAAGGCUAAUGAAAGAUCUGACAGUGCAACAAAGCUUUCUCUAGAAAGCUAAUCUAGAGCAUGUCAGUCGACUUAAACCUUUGGCCUUUAGGACUUAUGAGUUGAAUAAGAUUUUUAAACAUUGGCUGACUCGUUGGUAUGGCUAUUUAUGACUUAUGAUAAUCGGUUUGGCUUUCUGUGUU